GGCACCAGACGCAGACCUCUCACCGUCGCAGCCCGCCCUGUUCCGAUACCCAGUCUGAAGCCCGGCCCCCUUCGCCUGUGUCUAUCACUCUUUGCGGAGUAGCAGUCAGCAUGUCGGACAAAUUGCCCUACAAAGUCGCUGACAUCAGCCUGGCCUCUUGGGGACGCAAGGCCCUGGACAUCGCGGAGAACGAGAUGCCGGGCCUGAUGCGCAUGCGGGAGAUGUACUCGGCUUCCAAGCCACUGAAGGGCGCCCGCAUCGCUGGCUGCCUGCACAUGACUGUUGAGACAGCUGUCCUCAUUGAGACCCUCAUCGCCCUGGGUGCUGAGGUGCAGUGGUCCAGCUGCAACAUCUUCUCCACCCAGGACCAUGCAGCAGCUGCCAUUGCCAAGGCUGGCAUUCCAGUAUAUGCCUGGAAGGGUGAAACAGAUGAAGAAUACCUGUGGUGCAUUGAGCAGACUUUGUACUUCAAGGAUGGGCCUCUCAACAUGAUUCUGGACGAUGGCGGUGACCUCACCAACCUCAUCCACACCAAGUACCCACAGCUCUUGUCAGGCAUCCGAGGUAUCUCUGAGGAAACCACAACGGGGGUCCACAACCUAUACAAGAUGAUGGCUAAUGGGAUCCUGAAGGUUCCUGCCAUCAACGUCAAUGACUCCGUCACAAAGAGCAAAUUUGACAACCUCUAUGGCUGCCGGGAGUCCCUCAUGGAUGGCAUCAAGCGGGCCACGGACGUGAUGAUUGCGGGCAAGGUGGCAGUGGUAGCAGGAUAUGGCGACGUGGGCAAGGGUUGUGCUCAGGCUCUGAGGGGUUUUGGGGCCCGAGUCAUCAUCACCGAGAUUGACCCCAUCAACGCACUGCAGGCUGCCAUGGAGGGCUAUGAAGUGACCACUAUGGACGAGGCCUGUCGGGAGGGCAACAUCUUUGUCACCACCACAGGCUGCAUUGACAUCGUCCUUGGCAGACACUUUGAGCAGAUGAAGGAUGACGCCAUUGUGUGUAACAUUGGACAUUUUGAUGUGGAAAUUGAUGUCAAAUGGCUGAAUGAGAAUGCUGUGGAGAAAGUGAACAUCAAGCCUCAGGUGGAUCGCUACCGGCUAAAGAAUGGGCGCCGCAUCAUCCUGCUGGCCGAGGGCCGGCUGGUCAACCUGGGCUGUGCGAUGGGGCAUCCCAGCUUCGUGAUGAGCAACUCCUUCACCAACCAGGUGCUGGCCCAGAUUGAACUGUGGACCCAUCCAGACAAGUACCCUGUUGGGGUCCACUUCCUACCCAAGAAGCUGGACGAAGCAGUGGCUGAAGCUCAUCUGAGCAAGCUGAACGUGAAGCUGACCAAGCUGACUGAGAAGCAGGCCCAGUACCUGGGCAUGCCCCGUGAUGGCCCCUUCAAGCCAGAUCACUACCGCUACUGAGGAUCAGGCCUGCCCUUUCUGCCUUCUAGCUGCUCUCCUUGCCCAGGUCCCACCUCUCCUCCCCAAGAGCAAAUGGCACCAACUUUGAGAAUGGUUUGUUAAUGUCCCCCAUUGACUCCUUGGGGCUGGUCACUCAGUCUUGGCCUCUGCUACAUCCCUCAUACUGUUCCAUGUGUGGCAGGGGGAAUUGAGAUGUCCCUCUUCAAGCCCUGGUCACUGUGAUAUACAUGGGAACCAAGGGCUCAGGGGUUUUGGAACUGCUCACUCAGUCUUUCCUUAGGCUGGGAGUUGGAAGUGGUGGUCACAACGCCCGUGCACUUUACUGCCUCUUACCUGGCCUUUGGAUGUUGUACCCACAUUCUUGGUUUACAGGUUCACUGGCUCUGCAGCCCAUGAUGAGAAAGAGUUGUAUCAGUGUGCAGGGAGGAACUGUUGGAGUUUGAAUGCUCCUGAAAAUCUGGCUUAGUGCUGGGCGUUCUCUUAAACCUCAGAACAAUGAGGUUGGUACUUUCAGUCCCUAUUUUACAGGGGUUAUAAAAUAUACUGUUAUGGGAUAGCCAAGAAGGGAUAAGAGAAGUGACAGCCAGAGGUUGCGAGGGGCCAAAGAAUCUUAAAAGCAGGCAUAGAUCUGCCACUACUUUGUAAUGGUUCCUAUCACAACCCUGGAUCAAAAAGAGAUUAAUUUGGUUUGUAAUGUUUAUUUGUAUAAUGCUUAUAAUGUUUGAGCAGGAAGAUAACUAAAUAAAAAUGUUGGUGCCUAAAAGAAGUUUGAGCCUUUAUU